AUGCGCAUCCAACCCACCAUCCUCACCCUAGCCUCCACAGCCUCAUGCACCCUCCUCCCCCGUAACUCCCCAACAAACUCAACCAUACCCUCCUCGGUCACCGCAGCCCAAUACGAUGGAACCUGCUUCUACCCCGUCCCAGACCCAACCUUCAACCUGAACGCCUACCUCGGGACUUGGUACCAAGUCGCGGGUACACCCUUUGGCCCUACCGCCGGCGCCCGCUGUGUAACCGCUAAUUACUCACUAAAUGCAAACGGCACCGUCCGCGUCGUCAACUCCGCAUCCGCCGGCCCCUCAACCUUCAGUAUUGAAGGCACCGCUACCCCUGCACCCCCCGCGUACGGUCUCGCUGGCGCGUUUAACGUGAGGUUUCCUGGGACGCCGGCAGCGGCGGUGGGGCAGGGUAGUGCGUGUCCUGGUCCCAACUACAUUGUUCAAGAUUACGCAGUUGAUUGGGCUAUUGUGCAGACGCAGGAGUGGAAUACGUUGUAUGUUUUGAGUCGGGUGAGGGAGCCGGCGGAAGAGAGUAUCAAGGCGUGGGUGGAGAGGGCGGUGGCGUUGGGGUCGAAUGGGACGGAGGUUGUGAGGUUUGAUCAAUCGGGGUGCUAA